ACCUGUUCCUGUCUGUUCGCUGGUGCGUUUGCGCCUCCUGCCUUGAGAGAGAGGUGAAGAAGAGUUUACUUUACGGAGUUCAAGGUUUGGUUUCGGUGUACGUCUGGAGUAAAGGGUUUUGCCGAGGCAGAAAGCCCCUUUUCACAGAGCCAAGAUGCUGAACAUGUGGAAGGUUAGGGAGUUGGUUGACAAAGCAACCAACGUGGUGAUGAACUACUCAGAGGUGGAAUCUAAAGUCAGAGAGGCCACCAAUGACGACCCCUGGGGACCAUCAGGACAGCUGAUGGGUGAAAUCGCUAGAGCCACCUUCAUGUAUGAGCAGUUUCCAGAGGUGAUGAACAUGUUGUGGGCCCGCAUGUUGAGAGACAACAAGAAGAACUGGAGGAGAGUCUACAAGUCUUUGCUAUUGCUAGCCCAUUUAAUCAGGAAUGGAUCAGAGAGGGUUGUCACCAGCACCAGAGAACAUCUGUAUGACCUGAGAUCAUUAGAAAGCUACCACUUCGUAGAUGAGAAUGGGAAGGACCAGGGUGUAAAUGUGCGUCACAAGGUGAAGGAGCUGGUGGAGUUUGUCCAGGACGAUGAUAGGCUUAGGGAGGAACGGAAAAAGGCCAAGAAGAUCAAAGACAAAUACAUUGGAGUAUCCUCUGACAGUAUGGGAUACCGAGGCUACUCGGGGGACAGGUUUGACUCCAGCGAUAGCCGGGGAAAGUGGGACGACGACUGGGACAAUAAUAAAGGGCAGUUCCCCUUCAGCGAGAAGUUGGGAGAGAUCAGCGACAAAAUUGGCAGCACCAUUGAUGAUACCAUCAACAGGUUUAGGAAGAAAGACAGAGAUGACUCACCAGAUGGAUUUAGUGACAAUGAAGAGGACCGGGGUCGCUCAUCUCACAAUGGCCAGUCCAGGAAAGAGUUCAAAGAUGAAGAGGAGACUGUUACCACCAAGAGUGUACAGAUAGUUCAAGCAACAGAGACAACAGCAACACGCAAGAGAGGAGGUGUCCCGUCCAGAAAAGUAGACUUGGGUGCCGCAGCCCACUACACAGGAGACAGCAGUCCAAAUACCACCACCAAACAGCCCCAGCCAGCAGCAGCCCCUCAGCCCUCCAGUACUGGCUUAGCUGACCUACUAAUGGUGGACACAACACCGAGCCAGUCUGCUGCCACAGACCUGAUCAGUGGAUUUGCUGACUUCUCCUCGCCAGCUGCCUCCGUCAGCCUCUCCUCAGGAUCUGCCGCACCAGCCUCUAACAGUAAUGGAGACUUUGGGGAGUGGAAUGCCUUCCCUGGAGGUCAGAUGCCAGCAUCUGCUCAGACUGUCGACACCCGUGGAAAUGACCUUUUUGGAGCCAUGACAGCAAGUCCUGCCAUUGCCCCGGCAGCCGCUCCAGUCUCAGCUCCAGCCUCUGGCCCUGCCUCAGCAGACCUGUUUGACUUGAUGGGGCCAACUCAGUCCCUCACCUCCUCCCAGAGCCUCAACUUUAGCAUGAGCAGCACACAGAGCAUGAGCACCACAGUCCUGCCCCAGUCUAGGUCACAGCCGAUCCAGAACAUGGGGGGUCCACUACAACCGCAGCCCCUCCAGCCCCUCCAGCCUAUGCAGCAGGGAAUGGCCUCUCAAGGUACCGGAGCCAAAGCGUCCCUCCCCUCCACCUGGUCAGACCCCUCUGUUAACAUCAGCCUGGACUUCCUGGGGCCAGGAAUGCAGCCUCCCAAGCCUAGCCAGCCCAGCCUCAACACCCUCCAACAAGGUAACCAGGCCAACAUGCUCUCCCAAGGAGUUUCUGCCAUGAGCCUUGGACCCACACCAGUCAGACCACCUGCAAAUCCUAUGAUGCACCCUGGUGCUGGCAUGGGAAUGGGAAUGGGCAUGGGAGUGGGUAUGGCCCCCAACCAGGGUAUGAUGGGGAUGGGCAUGAACAUGGGGAUGCCACAGGGAGGUAUGACCUUGGGGAUGCCUGGUGCUAUGGGGAUGGGAAUGGGAAUGGGGAUGAACCCUGCAAUGGUCCAACAGCCCAAACACGAUGCCUUUGCUGACUUCGGCAACUUUGGAAAGUGAUGGAGCUGGAGAACAAAGAUUAUCAGGAGGAGUGGUGUCAGUCUCUCUCCCUCUCUCCGUCCAUUGGUGAAGGAUUGUUAUGAGCUGCAAACAAAGAGUACUUGAAUAAUGUCAACUAUCAUAAUACCAACACCCUGCAAUCUCCUUAUUGUAUGCUGUGUGGUGAUACAGGUCUAAAUGAAUGUGAGUGUGUGUUGUUUGAACCAGUGAUCUGUCCGGUCCAGGGUGGUGGUCAAACAUCCACACUGAAAGUGUGCCUUGUUGGUGAUGAGUCAGUGAGAAGGAAGUGUGUGCCACCGUGAGAAUGUCGGGGAUUUGCUUUAUAACCUCAAUCAAGUGAAAUCACCAGAAUAGCAAAAACGUAUAUCUCAGUAGCUGUGUAAUUGUUUUUCUUUCUUUCCUUUUUUUUUUUUUUUUUUUGAGAUGCAUUCUCAGUAACUUUACUGAAUGAUGACUUUAGAUAACAUGAUCAGCCAUUUUAACUUUCUAAUGUACAUUUAAGAAUGUCAAGUUACCUCUUUUUUUGUCCUUGCUCUUCCUUUGACCUGUAAAUAGAAAUCUGGAGCCCUUACAAAUAAGUUAUGAAGUUCCUAUAGAAGUGGCAGUGAUAGUGUGAAGAGUUGUAUCAUACAGACCAAAUCUGAUAUGACUUUAGACCUAUAACAAAGCACAUUGACACCUUCUCUUUGUAUAUAAGUGUCCUCACACUCCAGAUGUGGUCUGUCAGCGCCACAGUAAAAAUAACGAGUGUUUGGAGUGAAAGCUAUUGAUGAAUUCUAGGAGUUUCUCCUUCAACAGACCAUAAUUUGUGGCCUUUCUUAUUGGUAUAUAUAUAUAUCUAUAUAUUUUACUUAUGACAAAUAUUAUAAUCAGUUUGCAUCCAAAUGAUAAUCAGUAGGUAGGAAGAGCCACAUACUGGGGUUGUGGCUUCUUUACUACAGCACAGAGUGCCUGAAAGAUCUUUGCCUUUUCUCUUCAGUUAACCUCUUUGAAGGAGACAGUGUGACUGUGCAGUGUUGGACGGUUACUUAAACAGAGCCUCUGUACUAUGUACAAACGCAUUUGUACUUACACCUCCAGCCAAGUGUACUGUCUGUACAGAUAUCAGAUGCAACUGUGUAAUUAUUUCACUCAUUCUCUGUUGUUUGUCCCAUGCACAUUUUUAUUGUUUCCACUCUGUUCAGGCCAUUGAUGACUUCUGUUCUCUAAAAACACCAAGAUGAAAAUACUUAAGUCAGCACGUCAUACAGCAAGUGUUGAUGCACACUGUCAUUAAGAUUGCAUCAUACAUCUGUGUGUCUGUUAAAAUGUUCAUCAGUGCGUCUUGGUAAAUGCUGCCUCCUCACCUUCCAUCUUUAUUAAUGUUACACAUUAAAAUCAGCAAUCCUGAAAACA